UUUUUGCUAAUUUUUUUUUUAUUUUCAUACUACAGCCGACGUUAUACUCGAUUGAGAUGUGUUCAAUGUAGACUGCAGGAUAUGUCAAAAAGCCGUGUUAAUAAGAUGUGAAAUCUAUGAUCGUUUUCCUGAUAACAAAACAUUAUCACAUACUGAAAGCUCCAUAGUUAGGCACAGCUUCUUAUUAGACAGUUUUUGUUUCAUGUGUCUUCAAAAGGUGUAGGGAAGAAACGUCUUCUAGGUACUAUCUGUUUGUGAAAAACCAUAAAUAAAAAAUUUAUUUUAUCAGAAUGGAUGAAGAUAUGCGUCUCUUUAUUAGUGAGUGGCUUAAAGACACACAGAAUGAUGUGUGGAACAAAUCUUUGUCAUCCAAUUGUGACAUGAUUGAAGCAAUCUACAGCCUGAUUGAAGAAUGGAAAAGCAAUAAAGAUCUAUUCAACAUUUUAUGUCUCCGUCUAUUUGGAUUCUACAGAGAAAACAAUAUGGAAUCGAAAGUGUUUUCAUUACAAUUUGUCCCUAGUCUAAUUUAUUCUUAUUUAAGUGCAAUUGCACAAGGAGAGAAAAAAGAUGCUGGAAGUAUGCAAACAUUAUUGUUGGCAAUUUAUAAUUUGGAAGCUGGAGAAGAAGCCCAGAAUCCCAAAACCCAUUCCUUUAGGAUACCAAACAUUGCACAGCCUUCAGUCUAUCAUGAUACAUCAGCAAUAGCAUCAUCUUCACUGACAGAAUCAGCUUUAAAGAGACUUGAUCCAACCAACCGAAUUACUGUCAAAUUUGGUCCCCAUCCACACUUGCACAGCUUCAACGCCGAGAACCGCCUUCCCGCUAUGGCAGCCUUACUACGCAUUUAUUCCAACUACCUAUCCAUGUAUUUGAGGAGCACAUUGUCAGAAACUUGCAUGGCCUUUCGUCGGUUGGUAGCUCAAGGCUACACUCGUAAUUCUGAAGGCUCUCCGCGAAUCCCGCUGUCUUCGAACUUGUUGGUUGAAAUGCUCCAUCUAAUUUACUCACUGACUCCAUUACCCAUAAUCAACGACACAUAUGUUCGAUUGCAUUCUCCUCCACCAGCACCGGUCGCUAGCAUGGAGGAUGAGGAUCUUGCGAGCGCAGCCAGGCAAACCCUCGAGGCUGUGCAACGUCGUGUUGAAAUGGAACUAAUGGCUGCACCAAUGUUGGUUAGUGCAGCUAUGGCCGAUUCAUCGCAUCUUAGUAUAAAAGGUGAGCAUAGCUCGCCACAGCUAAUGAGUAGCGGUGCAAACGGUGGUUCUGCGCGAGCCAUGUGGAAGUCCAUGAUAACUAAUGCAUCAUUCCGAACCAAGAAACUGCCAGAUGACAUUACAAUUGCGCAAGUAGCCGAGGCGGCUGCGGCCGCAGCAGCAGCUGCAGCUGCUAACACAUCAUCAUCGGCAUUGCCUCUAAACCAAUCGUCCAUACCGGUUCACCUAGUUUCAAUAACGGAAGAAAAUGAUGAACCGAGUGGUGGAGGUGGUGGCAAAAGCAGUUUCCGUUUAUCGGAAUUGGUCAAAAAGAAGAGCAAACCAAAGCCUGCAAGGAAUAAACCCAAUAAUAACGUCGGUGUCAUCUUAGAUGGGUCUAGCCACCAUCCCCAUUUGACUGAAAGCAACGGUGUUGUUUCCAAUCCAUCAGACCGAAACAGCGAUUGCGAAACCAAAGAAGAAGCUGAAUUGCGUCGGCGCAGCAGUGAAUUUAACGGAACCCAGGUGUAAAUACCUCGAGCUUACUUCUAGUGUGGGAAGGGGGAACAGUCAAACUGACGUGAAACAAGAACUUUCAUUCCACACAGUGACCAUCGGCACGAAGCCAGGUGGGCGCUGAAAAAGUUCAAGGACCAGCCACUAAAUCAAGAAUUAUCUGCUUUUGCUUUCUUCCUAUUUCUCCUCCAUUUCCUCCCAAUUUCUUGUUGUUCUUUGGCCUUUUUCAAUGGCGCCUGGCGUCUUCUGUGUUCCAGUUACAGAUGUGCGUGCCAUUAGCCCGUCUUCAUCUCAGAUUUACCUCAGUAGCUUGUAAGCCAGCAUGUAGAAGAUCAAAGAGCGUUCAGCAUUUGCCCAUGAAAAUUGCCGCGGGAUUCAUGCGUAGCUUUAGGCCAUUUUUAAGGGCAAAAAAUUUGACGCAAGAAAUUUUUUGCAUCUAGUGUAGAUUGGAGGUGUGUUAGUUCCAUUAAUAAUUCCCUUUAAUAUUCGUGGCAGAUAGCACAUCAAAAAAAUUUCUUGCAGAAAUCGAAAUUUCCAUCAGUAAUUUUUGAGAAAAAAGUGAGGGUACUUUUUCCAUUUCGUGUUGAAGGGGCAUCUUUAAGUAAAACCUUUUGGCUAUCCUUGGCUUUUCAUUUUCUGCCAUCUCCUUGUUAUCGUUAUCUUUUCCUUUAGAGCUCUUCAGAUCAUAGUAGAAUAUCGAUGUUAUUUAUCGCACUCACGUGUACACGUUCUUUUAAAAAGAAAUCUCCUUUGAUGGAUGCAAGGAAGUACAGCCAACCCUCCCUUUUUAAAGUAACUGUUUGUACCUGCAGAUGUGUGCAAAAUAGAUUACUGUACAGAGCAA